GAGUAGUGGUGUAGUGUAGAAACCUGCGUUCUCUCUCUUCAGUCUCCGGUCCGCUCAGUCUGCUCAUCAGCCGAUGGAGUAGAGCUCCUCUUGACACGCAGAGAGCAGGUCGUCAGGUUACUCCCCUAUGAUGUGCUGCCUGCUGUUACCGUGAGCGUUGCGGUAUCAGCUGUAGCUAGCGCGGCAGAACGGUAGGUCGCUUCUAGGGUCUCCCCAGCAUAAACGGCACUAUCUAUGGAUAGUUCGUCAAGUGCGCUUCUCCAGAGGGCUGUUGGUGUCCAGUUUCCCUGAAUCUCUCUCUCUGUCUCUCCCUGGCUGGCUCUCUCAGUGUUAUCGCGACCCACCGGGAGUUUGGACACGACACAAUCACCACCCAACACGCGUUCGACCGGGGCCAGGCUGUGCGAGUCACGGAUCGCUCCCGAGCCGCCCCGCGCGCUCGCCCUCGCGCUUGCCCCUAUGGAGGGGGACGUGAUGGACAAGCUGGAGGACAUGGCCUCGGUGUACGAAUUCGAUCCGAUCACCGGGAACAUCCCCGCCACUAAAGUAGAGAUCACCGUCUCCUGCAGGAAUCUUCUAGAUAAAGACACAUUCUCCAAAUCUGACCCAUUGUGUGUGCUCUAUACCCAAGGAGUGGAGACCAAGCAGUGGAGAGAGUUUGGUAGAACAGAGGUCAUUGACAACACUCUAAACCCAGACUUUGUCAGGAAGUACAUCCUGGACUAUUUCUUUGAGGAGAAGCAGAAUCUACGCUUUGACUUGUAUGAUGUGGACUCUAAAAGCCCAGACCUCUCCAAACACCCAUCUGAUGUCAACGACUUCUUGGGUCAGGUGUUCUGUACUCUGGGGGAGAUCGUGGGGUCACCUGCCAGUCGACUGGAGAAACCACUGGGCGGUAUAGCUGGGAAGAAAUGUGGCACCAUCAUUCUGUCUGUAGAGGAGCUGGGUAACUGCAGAGACAGCGCGACAAUGCAGUUCUGUGCCAACAAACUGGACAAGAAGGACUUCUUUGGCAAGUCAGAUCCAUUCAUAGUGUUCUACAGGAGUAACGAGGAUGGAACGUUUACUAUCUGCCAUAAAACGGAGGUUGUGAAGAAUACGUUGAACCCAGUGUGGCAGUCGUUCACCAUUCCAGUCAGAGCGCUGUGCAAUGGGGACUUUGACAGGACGAUCAAGGUGGAGGUGUACGACUGGGACCGCGAUGGCAGCCAUGACUUCAUAGGGGAGUUCACCACUAGUUACCGGGAGCUGGCUCGAGGCCAGAGUCAGUUCAACGUCUAUGAGGUGGUGAAUAUCAAGAAGAAAAUGAAGAAAAAGAAAUAUGUGAAUUCAGGAACGGUGACCCUCCUCUCCUUCUCUGUGGAAUCAGAGUGCACAUUCCUGGACUACAUCAAGGGAGGGACCCAAAUUAAUUUCACUGUGGCCAUUGAUUUCACCGCGUCUAAUGGUAACCCGUCCCAGUCCACCUCUCUCCACUACAUGAACCCGUACCAGAUGAAUGCAUAUGCCAUGGCCCUGAAGGCUGUAGGGGAGAUCAUCCAGGACUAUGACAGUGAUAAGAUGUUCCCUGCUCUGGGGUUUGGAGCCAAGCUGCCCCCUGAUGGACAGGUCUCACACGAGUUCCCUCUGAACGGUAACAUAGAGAACCCUUACUGUACCGGUAUAGAUGGCAUCCUGGAGGCCUAUCACGAGAGUCUGAAGACCGUUCAGCUCUACGGACCAACCAACUUUGCCCCUGUAGUCAACCAUGUGGCCAGGUAUGCUGCAGCAGUUCAGGACGGGUCCCAGUACUUCAUCCUCCUCAUCAUUACAGAUGGAGUCAUAUCAGACAUGGCUCAGACCAAGGAGGCCAUCGUCAACGGGGCUAAACUGCCCAUGUCCAUCAUCAUCGUUGGAGUGGGACAGGCUGAGUUUGACGCCAUGGUGGAGUUGGAUGGUGAUGACAUCAGAAUCUCUUCCAGAGGGAAGCUGGCAGAGAGAGACAUUGUCCAGUUUGUCCCAUUCAGAGACUACAUGGAUCGCACAGGGAACCAUGUCCUCAGUAUGGCCCGGCUAGCCAAGGACGUCCUGGCUGAGAUCCCUGAUCAGUUCAUCUCUUAUAUGAAGAGUCGGGGCAUCAAACCCAACCCUGCACCGCCCCCCUACACACCCUCUGGACACACACACCACACACAGAUCUGACCACCUCACACACACACACACACCUUUACACUGAGUACUGAUGAGAGAGACACCAUCAAAGAUUUGCAACCCCGAGGAAUCAUGGGAGGGGAACUCUCUGUCUACUUCCUGAUUGGAACAUCGGGACAGGAAGUGAUGUAAGAGGAAGCUAUUAAAGCUACAGGUGUUUGUGUCAGAACUCUCCCGGACAGGUAACUCUCUGGACUGGGGAAGACAACAGCGUUUCUGUUCAUUGUGGUUCUAUCUAUUCUGUUUGUCUCUCUGGAGGAAAAGAGAGACUGCCAUGGAGCGAUGAUAUGUUGCUGUGCCAUACAAGGACUUGGUGAUCGAUGAAUUGUCUUUUUAUCAACAUACAUGGGCCUGUGACUGUUUUCUCUUGUAUUGUUUAAGAGCAGGUGUGAUCGAGGGGUCAUGUUGUGGUUGAAACUUGUGCCUGUCUGUGGAGUGGUCAUCUAACCGGCCAAGUGGAACCCUUAUAUGAACUCUGACCUCUCACCUUCGACCUUUGAUCUUGCAUGUGAUUGGUGUAUUGGAGCGCGUGUGUUAAGGUGGUGAUGUUUUUAGAAACCUUUCCAUCAGUUUACUAGUUUGUUUUGGGCCUCAGACAUGUCCACAUAUUGACUUGUAGCUUCAUCAUUCUAGUUUGUUUUGGGCCUCAGACAUGUCCACAUAUUGACUUGUAGCUUCAUCAUUCUAGUUUGUUUUGGGCCUCAGACAUGUCCACAUAUUGACUUGUAGCUUCAUCAUUCUAGUUUGUUUUGGGCCUCAUACAUGUCCACAUAUUGACUUGUAGCUUCAUCAUUCUAGUUUGUUUUGGGCCUCAGACAUGUCCACAUAUUGACUUGUAGCUUCAUCAUUCUAGUUUGUUUUGGGCCUCAGACAUGUCCACAUAUUGACUUGUAGCUUCAUCAUUCUCGUUUGUGUUGGGCCUCAGACAUGUCCACAUAUUGACUUGUAGCUUCAUCAUUCUAGUUUGUUUUGGGCAUCAGACAUGUCCACAUAUUGACUUGUAGCUUCAUCAUUCUAGUUUGUUUUGGGCCUCAGACAUGUCCACAUAUUGACUUGUAGCUUCAUCAUUCUAGUUUGUGUUGGGCCUCUGACAUGUCCACAUAUUGACUUGUAGCUUCAUCAUUCUAGUUUGUGUUGGGCCUCAGACAUGUCCACAUAUUGACUUGUAGCUUCAUCAUUCAAGGUGAAAAAAAGAAAAGUAUUUGUAAUUUUUUGUUUCAUUGCUUCACUAAGUUUUUCGUACUCCCAUAAGUUAUUGAUUCUUCUCUUGCUUUACAUUUCAAAGCAUGUUUGUGUAGGAUGAAAUUUCCCCGUAUGCCUGUAUUUAUAAUGUAUCAAAGUGGCAUGGAUAAUAAGGAUAUAUAAUGAAUUUGUAUUUGUUUAGUUAUUUUAUAAUUUCUACAUACCUUCCCAGUUUAGAUUUCUCUACAACACACAGUUAGUUAGAUAGUUAACAAUAAGGUAAAGCACAAGGGCGAGAUACUUCAACAACCACCACAGCAAUUGGUACAACCUGUCUGUGACGUCAUCAUAACUGUGACAUACAUAACCCCACCUGUGACAUCAUCAUCAGUAUUGGUUCUGAUAGUUGACCAGGUCAUAUUUGGAAUCAGUCAAAUAUGUUUUAAAUAUACAUAUCAUUACACGAUUCAAAAGCACAAGAAAAAAAAUCUAAUACUCUUUCAACUAUUUAUGUUUAAUUUUCUCUCUUUCCAUCUCCCUCUUUCCAUAGUGAAUGGAUUUUUGUUUAUUGAUAAUAAACCUCUCUGGAUAAAGACAGUAAAUGUGUCCACUUGAAGAAUAUUUCAUUCUAUUGAAUCCAAUUCAUGAUCAACAAUAACGCGCCCACCAGUUCUUUAUCUCUCUCUCUAUCUCUCUCUCUCUGUCGUCUGCGCACAGCCUCUAUGCUCCCUGAGAACAAGCCAUUAUUGUAUUAUAAUCAGAUGAAGCCAGGCUCAAAUUAAAUCAAGUUGUGAAGUAUAGACAUAGUCUGGUCACCCGCCAGUGUAGCAUACAAAGACAGAGAGAUCUCCUCAGCUAGAUCAAUACUCUGUAGGCCUUAAUCAUACUGUAGACAGCAUUCCAACCAAGCCUGAUAAAGAACCAGGGUUGUACAAUUACAGUCACUGUAUACCAAACAUGUAGAGAUUUUCCAGAAAUACCUGAUGGAAGAUUUCCUGGAAUCAGAAUGGGUAAUUUUGGGAAAGUUAAUUUUGCCAUCCUUUAUACAAUUCUCUCUCCUCUUACGAGUUGGAGUGAUAUAGACCUAAAGUAUUAGGGCUGUGUGUUUAAUGAUUAGUACUUUACAACAAUACAUAAUAGCUCCCCAUCAACUUUAAGGAAAGCACUUUAUUCUAUUCCUUAAAGGUGUACUGGUACUUCCAUAGUUUGUGUUUUAUUCUUUUUUGGGGGGAGAUGAUGAUGAUCGUAUUGAUAUAUCAUAUGAUGAUAUCCUUGUCUAUUUUGUUCUGGAACGUGUGUGAUGAUAAGCCAUUUAAUCUGCAGAGUACAUUACAAUGAAUAGAAUUGUACAUUGACUUGAAUAGGCAUGUUCAUUCUAGUAGUUCUAUUUCUAUAUAGAAAGACAACAUCUCUCCUGAAAUCCUGAUCUGUAGGGUUGCCAGAUUGUGUACUGUACAUCCAUCCGCUCACCUGGGGUACAAAGACAAGACAGUGCCAACAUCUGUAACAUAGACACCAUCGUAUCCGGAUUAUGUGCAUGGUAGUGGCAAGUAAUGGCAGCAAGUUCAGUGGACUGUUUGCUUUCUCUUCUGUUUGGUCUCUCAUGCCUGGCCAUUUCUGUUGUUAGGGUAAGCUCUCUCGAUAGGAGAUAUAACCCAUGGAAACUGUAGCCGACCAGCAUGUUGCACACAGUUCAUUGUUUAAUACUUUUUUGAAUCUUUUUUUUAUUUUUUUAUACACCUCUUUCCAUGUUUGUUGUUGAACUCUCUGGGUUUCUAAAUUGCAUGGUCCCCCUUUUUUUCUUUGGAGCGGUUUUAAUUGUACAUGAUUGUUGUCAUACAGUGUGUUGUGAAAGGCUUUUAUUGGAUUGCCAUAAAUUAAAAUGAAUUCAA